AUGCAGUAAGACUUUUACAACUUGUAUGAUUUUUAAAAGUAAAAUUACGAAACAGCACACAGUGAUUUCUACAUCAAAAAGAUUAUUAAAGAAACCAUCGAUGUGUACGCAGAACUCUCAUAAGAAAAACACGUAAACUUGCUUUUUAUAGACAAAGCUCCUGAGCUCAAAAAGAUAAAAAACGAUGAAAAAAGAAUUCUAUAAAUCCUAAUGAUUCUUUUAGAAAACUCAAUAUCCAACACCUAAGAAAAUGGAUCUAUUCUCGUUAAGCUAAAAUGUAAUGACAUCACAUCUCCCUAUGCCAUUUUAGAAGUAGUUGACACCGGUAAAGGUAUCUUAAACACAUUCCAGCCUCCAUAUCCCAACCCAAAAACCCUCUAACAAGCACAGCACAAUGCACAAUCUCCUGUUCAAAUUGGUCUCUACAAUCUUAAGCAAAUCCUCUCUAAGAUAGGUCCUUAGCAAGACAUAAUUUUAAAAUCCACCAAAGACGUCGGAACAAAGAUAAGCUUCAAAAUCUAUAGAGAUUUAGAGUACAAAGACUCUGUCUACUGGGGAAAGCACGGCGAUAAAAAUAGAUAUUCUAUUCCCAUUCUGCCUCCAGUAGAAGAUAACGGAUUUGCAGCAAGAACUGAUAACAAAUACAGCUCUAUGAUUCCUAUUUAAAACGAAAACCAAAUUUAAGAAGAGAGUUAGUAGCUUUCAGAUGAAUCUAUUUAUGCAGAUAAUAAAUAAAAAUAUAAGCAAAAAUCUCAUCUUAAAUAAAAUAUUUAAAUAUAAGAAAAAGAAAUUACAACUUCUAGCUAUAAUUUAUAGAAAUCUAAAACAGAAGAAAGUCCUAUUGGAUCCAAAAAACAAAUCAACGAUAAACAGCCUAAUGUUACUGCUAUUGAUCAUAAUAUUCACAAUAACUCUUUCAGCCAUAUUAACUUAGAAGAUACCUUCAUGAAAUCUAAGUCAAAUUACGGUAGUAAGGGUAACAUUUCAAUAAUGAACUAUCUUCACAACUCAAGUUAAAUGAUACACCCAGGCAACUAAGAAACAAAUAAAGAAUCCAAUUAAAUUAAAUGUGUCAGCAUACAAGAAGGACUGCAAUAAUACAGUCCAUCUAAAUAAAACUCAAUUAAUCCAGAAACUCCUCCUAGUAACAGCAACAAUUCAAAUCCAAACAAUAACAAUAACCAAGAAAAAGCUUAAAAAUCUAUUCUCAAAAGGCCAAAAAUACUAAUUUAAUAGUCAGAAAACUUCAUUAAUCUAAAUAAAAUAAUUAAAAACGAUGAGUUCGAAUAAGAUAGUGACCUAGAUAGCGACAUUCAUGCUAUCGAAAUAGAAGAAUUCCCAAAUCACUCACCUGGUAAGCCAGAACCUUUUGAGUUUAUUAAAAGAACCUAAAAAGAAAAAAGGCUCUCCCAUAUAACUGAUAUAUCAAGAUUCAUGACACCUCAAAAUAUGCCUUCUACAAACGCCUUUUCAAACAGCAGACUCGGAUACGAAUCGUCUCCUAAACACCUAAUUAAUAGGCAUAUGGGAAGAAAUUCCACACUCAAUUUUACAGAAGUUGAUAAAGAUUUUUGA